AUGAUCUACACCAAUGUUACAAGGAUGAGAAGCUUCAUCAUCCUUGGAUUUCCUGGACUUUCACCAAAAUACUAUGGACCUGUGUCAGCUCUGCUCUUUUUUGUCUACUUAUCUAUUGCAAUAGGAAAUAUUUUCAUUUUAGCAUUUGUUGUCUAUGAGAAGUCACUUCAAAAACCAACAUAUCUGGUGUUUUGUCACCUGGCACUGAAUGAUUUAACAUUUGGCACUUUGACCCUCCCAAAGAUCAUAUCAAAAUAUUGGUUUGGUGAUGGCAUUAUUUCAUUUUAUGGGUGCUUUACACAGAUGUUCUUUGUUCAUUAUUUAGGAUCAGUAACUUCUUUCAUCUUGUUGGUAAUGGCUCUUGAUCGAUUUAUUGCAAUAUGUAUUCCUCUGCGUUAUCCUGUCCUAAUCACAAACAACAUCAUAUCUGUGCUCUGUGGGUUUGCUUGGUUCAUACCUCUGCCUUUGAUGGUGACCAUUGUUCUCCAAGCCCUCACUUUACCUUACUGUAAAUCAAAUGUCAUUGCUCAGUGCUUCUGUGACCACAUUUCUAUAACAAGUCAGGCAUGUGGUGAGGAUGUUAAAAUUGUACAGGUCACUACUCUCUGUAUGGCCAUGUUUUGUCUCUUGGUUCCCCUUGCAUUUAUCUUGUUUUCCUACGUUUCCAUUAUUGUGGUUAUUUUGAAAAUGUCCAAUGCUGCAGGUCGCAAGAGAACCUUAUCAACUUGUACACCACAAAUAUUUAUCACUUGCCUUUUUUACCUCCCCAGGUGUUUUGUUUACGUAGCCAAUACUGUUGGAUUUUCCUUCAGUUUAGAUAUCCGUAUUUUAUUGGUAUUGUUGUACAGUCUCUUACCUGCUGCUGUUAAUCCGAUGAUAUAUUGUUUCAAGACUCAGGAUAUCAAGCAGACUUUGAUAAAGAAGCUGAAAACAGCUAGGAUUGGAAUACAGAUAAAACUUGCAUUCUAA